CGGAUUUCUACCUUUCAAUUGCUUCUUAGGGAUGAUUGCUUUUUAUAUAAAUGUAUUGCCGAGAAUAAACUUGGAAAUAGUUCAACGAUAUAUUAUUUGUCUAUCCUAGGUAUAACAUUGUCUUCUGCAUGCAUUCGCUUCAAAGUUUCGACUGUAAUGAAAGUGAAAGUAUAAUAACACGAACUCAUUAUGUUUAGAUCAAUUAAUAAAUCCGACAACUGGUAUUAGCACUCAAAAUUUCCCCUGCACUACCGAGAAUUCUAGAUCAGGUAAGAUGUAUACUUGUUCAGAGGUUAUAUACACUUUGUGAAAGCAAGUUGAACUAUAUAUUUAUUGGCGUGAAACUAUCUUCCUGAAACAAUAGUCCCCCUCCUAACCUGAGCAAUCUUAGUGUUAUUUUGUUGCAUGGUGUAGAUAUUACAGGGGUGGGGGAGGGUUUUACCACUGCAUUCAGCGUCAUUAUACAUGAAAUCUAUGGGACUGGAAACUCAGAAACAUGAACAACUUGUUCUGUAAUCCGAGAUCACUAUAAUAAACAACUCGAAAAUCAUAGUGGAUUGCAUCUAAUUCUCUAAUCCCUUUCUAAAGUUUCUAUGGCGUUGUGUUUAUCAGUUUUAAAUAUUUCUGUUCAGUCAAUACAUGAGCAAACUUAGUGUUAUUUUGUUGCAUGGUGUAGAUAUUACAGGGGUGGGGGAUCCUUGUUUUACCACUGCAUUCAGCGUCAUUAUACAUGAAAUCUAUGGGAGAAACUCAGAAACAUGAACAACUUGUUCUGUAAUCCGAGAUCACUAUAAUAAACAACUCGAAAAUCAUAGUGGAUUGCAUCUAAUUCUCUAAUCCCUUUCUAAAGUUUCUAUGGCGUUGUGUUUAUCAGUUUUAAAUAUUUCUGUUCAGUCAAUACAGCUUCCAACAAAGAGGAUGAUGGGACGACUGUUGCAAUAUGGCAUAUUGUUGUAUCUUUGGUGUCCGGGAUUAUGAUUGGAACUCUUCUUUCCUACAUUGUCUUUUGUUCUCGUCGAAAAUUUAGAAGUAGGAAGCCUCAGUCAAACCCUGAACCAAAGACAACUGAAGCUGAUACAACUUAUAUAAACACAGAAGAUAAUUAUCAGUCAUUCAGAGUGAAUGCUGCAAGUUAUGAUGCUGGAAAUGGAGCUGGAAAUGGAGCUGGAAAUGACGAUGACUCUACUUAUACUGAUUUGAACAAAACCAGAGAUGUGGAAGACCUGGAAUAUUAUCUUAAAGUACUCUUUCUCGACAGGCCGGUUUCGCAUUACAUUUCGAUUCAAUUUUUGUAAUAUAAAUAUCUCGGCGAGUAUUUACCCCCCUUUUAAAUAAAUGCCACCAUUGAAAUCCUCACAAUAUAACCUUUCGAACGGGGGGUCAAGUGCCGUCAAAACAUUACACAAACCGAAACAAUCAUAUAUUUACUCACCGCUUGGCCAAAGAUUCUAAAUUUUAUAUCCACCAAAUCUUGAAUAUCUCUUGAACUUUUCGUCAUUUGCUGAACGGCUAUAUGUGUAAAAUACUCUCUGUAUUCAAGCGCUUUCGUGUACAAAAUUUCGUUUGAAUACGGCGAGUAGAAAUAUUUAUUUUGAAUUUUUCAAGAUGUCGGGUUUUUACUCGCACUUGCGUACAUUGCGCAAUAAUUGGCCAAUAAGAAGUUCCUGUGGCCGGGAUGACGUCAAACUCACGCGUGUAGGUGCAAUUUGACCUUGCGAACCAUUUCUGGCCUUUCCAGGGUCAUAUGAUACAAGCUUCGCAUUGUUUUGACGGUUUUCAGUCGUAUUUCCGGUUGGGAUUAACUCACUUCGAGCUCACAGUCGGACAAGAAAUGGAAAUAUGUUGAUAAAAGAUAAGGAUUUCAAGAUACAGGCUUGCAAAUAACACUCUAAAUAGUGUUUUUGACGGGGAUUCGAACAAGAUUAUUACAAAGACGAUAUGUUCGAUGGGGCCGAAGUUAUUUUCGGCGAAAGGUAUGGCUAGUCUAUAUUUUUGUUCAGACAAUUGCGUAAUUUGAUACAAUAUGAUUGUUUUGACUUUCAAAGGCCCAUAAAUCGUUACAAUACUAAUAAUGACUAUAACUAUCGUUUGGAACUAGUUGAUAUUUUAUUUCUGAAUCGAAUGGUGGUAUUUCUGUCUUCAUAGCAUGCACUGAACCGAAGGUAUGAAAUUUUCUAGCCGUCGAUCGAUCCCCAUCGAUGAGGGCCCCCUAUACCUCUUCACAAUAUGCUUUCACGUAAAAAUAUUUUGCCUUUUCACGAGUCACGGAUUAAGAAAAUCAUCGAUCACGUUUCACGGCUAAGUAAAAUAAGCCCUUCACGCUUCACGCAAAAAGUAUAGGGGGCCUGAUCACGUUUCACGGCUAAGUAAAACAAGCCCUUCACGCUUCACGCAAAAAGUAUAGGGGGCCCUCAUCGAUGCGAAUAGGGCCUGUUGAGAAAGAGAGGUUAUUAAAGACAAAAGGUAGCCCCCUUUAUUCAGGAAUUUCCAUGGGGUCACAUGUGCCAGAUGGUUUAAAACCGCAGAAACCCGGGUAACCUUUAGAGAUGCCUGCGGAGAAGGCUAGAUUAAAGGCUAAGGAAGAUGUUUUUAUUCAAUAGUGGACCUGAAAUUCUCCCAAGUAAUAAAAAUCGAUUCUAAUUUGUCCGGAUGUUUUCUGGAAUGGCUGCGACUACGAAUUCUUUUAUGAAAAAAUUUUCUUACAGCUUUUUGAGGCUUAAUUUACUUCUUCAAUGUGCAAAGUGCGUUCGCCUUAUCCUAAAAGAUAUUGCAUGCUACAAUCAUAUUGCCAUUAUUGCCAAAACAUUGUGGACAACUCACAGAUAUUGGCUUAGAAUCAACCUCGUUCCCAGGGCUUUUCCCUUUUUGACAAAAAGGGAAAAGCCCUGAGAACGAGGUUGGCUUAGAAUGGCAUUUCUAUUGAAUAAAUACCCCCGCCGCUCCCCCAAGUGAAUAUUGAAUGGAACUUUUUAAUCAAAUAAGAAGUGUGGAUAAUGCAGAUAUGCAACGUUGAAGAGGGGAGUGGAGGGUAUGCGUUUAAAAUGUUGGCAAAAGUGGGUUAAGUGUGCGCAUGAACUUUUCCUGAAUGUUUCCAUGAGUUUUUCAAAUUCCACUCUGCGUGAAUUUUUGGGGGGGAUCUGACACCACACUUACCUCACCACCCCUGAUCUUCCCCUAAAGUUCAUAUAUAGGAACCAGAUAUAAUAGGUUUGUAAUCCCUCAAUAAGAUACAUUCAGAACCACAACGCAUGUUUUAGCACGAAAAACUUUAUAUAUUACUCAUCAACAUCAAUUUUGUCUUUGACCUAUGGCCAUUGGCACUGAUUCCACAAAUUUUCGUAUUAAACUGUCAGUUGAUGGUUUUUGAGUUAUCUUGCUAACAAUCAAACCGCAAACUCCCACGCAAAGGCACAAAAAACCCCGGAAAAGCUUGAACUGUCAACCCUUGAAGUUAUCCGAAUUAAAUUAAUUUAAUGAAUUAAUCAUAACUUUAGCAAAAUGUCCACAACGGGGCAUGCAGUAGCAUGCGGGCAGUGUGUUUCAUAUUUGAAUAUCAAGCUUGAAUCUGUAUCGAAGACGCAAAAACUGCACAACUUUUAAAACGACACACCAUAUUAUAUAUAGCGUUUGGUGGCGACUUUUACAGGAAUACACUACACAACAGGUAUGUAUAACUAUGUCAUAUUUGCUAUAAUUGAUGGUUUGCAAUCAAUCUCUUGAGAUUUGCAAGAUAAAGACAAGCCCAUGUUUGAGGAAAAUAUGCUCCAAAUACAAUAGCUGUUCAUGAGAUUCUUUUAUUAGUUUUCCUCCAACAUGGCCGCCAUGACAUUAAUUGCAAACCAAGAAUAUAGGCUAUUGGUAUUAUCAUAAUAUUCGUUUGAAACCGUAUGCGAAUUAAAGUUAAUUAGUUUCAAUCAGGUGUACAAUAUCAGGCAUGUUUUCAUUCAUUUCAUUUUCUGGAUAGAAUUUAUUCAAGGAUUACAACUUCAUUUCUUUAACCCUGCAACAAAUAGCUAUUAAGAUACAUCUAGGUAGAAGGAAUAGAAAAAGGUUGUCCUUUGCAAACCUUACGCCCGUAUUCUAAAAGCUCACUCACACUCAAUGAGUGGAGGUUCAAUCUGAGCUUCUCUCGAGUGCCAUUGCUGUUUUUGAAUAGCUUGAGGUCUAGUGUCGUACCUUAGGCCACAUAAAAAAAAUUACUUGUUUAGAGUCCACCCAUUUUAAUUUUUCUAGGUCGGGCGGACGGAUUUUUUUUUUUUUUUUUCGUAAAAUGCAACACAAAAUUCUGCUAAAUGCAGGAAAUCCAGUAUAUUACCACAGUCAAAACUCACUUUAAUUCUUUCAAAAUCCGUUCAUGUUUUUUAACUUCCCGUUCAUGUUUUUAAUAAAACAGAAAAUUACCGUUUGGCGGUCACGCGCGAACACUUUAGCUCCGAACAGGCAUAUUCUGGGAAGGAAACUUUGUGUAAACGUAUUACAUAGCUCCCAGAAGAAUAAAAUCACCAUUUUUUCCAAGUAAAACGGUCUUUUUUAUAGAGUUUUUCCACUAAACUCGGACAAAUUUUUAAAAAAAAAUAAAAAAAAAUUGGAGGUCGGGGACUUUUAUCAGGUCGGGCGGGGACGCUAAACAAGUAAUUUUUUUUAUGUGGCCUUACUAUAUGACUGCUCACCCUCCAGCUAUUCAAAAACAGCAUUGACACUCGAGAGAAGCUCAAAUUGAACCUGCACUCAUUGAGUGUGAGUGCGAGUGAGUUUUUAGAAUACGGGCGUUAGACGUUAAACCUUAAACUCUAAGCGCGCAAAGCUUAAUGGGAGCACAAGUUUCAAGCUUAGUAGUUGAAUAUUGCAGCUAUUUGAAUGAAUUGUUUUCCUAAGGAGAUAUUUAUCAUGUCUCUAAGAAAUGGGCCCCACAUAUGAUUUCUAAACUGAUUAAAUGAUGCUCUGAUUAUACUCGUUAUGCUUCGCAUGCUUGGAUUUUAUGGUUUAAGGUUUAGAGUUUAAGGUUUGCAAAGGACAACAUUUUUUGAAUUAGCUGCAGUAUACUAUAAAUCAUUCAGAGUACAAACGUAAAGCAAGUGUGAAAGUAGUAUAGGGCACACCUGAGGCUGCAUGUAUACCUUCACCAGCGAAUUAAGUUGUGCAUGUAUAUCGUGCAUAAAUAAUAUAAUUGCUAAUUACGCACUAGUUUACUCAGUAAACUCAAGUUUACUCUUACCUCCUACUGUAUUGUCCUUCCAAUAUGCAUGAUACAGCACAUUGAUGCAGAAAAAGUUUAGCUAGCUAAAUUUGAAGUGACUUCACUGGAUGUAUAAGAUGUACCAUAUCCUUAUACAACCAAAAAUGUAUUGAUUAAUGUUUUCUUUGCUUUAUAUAAAUUAAUUUCAUAAAAUGAUUGGCUUAAUUUUUUCCGUUAUAUUUGGUCUAAAUAUUUUGUUAUUCAGUCUUUGUGAAGGUAUGGACUAUAUAUAGACGCACAAGUUUCCAUACAACUUUAAUUGUUUUAGUAGGCUUACAUUUAUGAAUCUCUAAUUAAAUGAGGAAAACACUACUUGCAUAUAUAUUUAAAAUAUUGCUCUUGUCCAAAGCCAAGCGCACUGCAUGAGUAGGCCGUAGUUAACUCGUCAACAGUUUAAAAAAUAAAAUCUAAUUGAAUAUACAUGACAUUAUUUUGUUGAUGCAAUUUUUCUUCUUUUUAUUCCUCCGAUUAUAAUGACAUUUUUCCCUCAAGAAAGACUGAUAUUUUAAUAUUGUAAAAAAGUUGCAUCACGAAAAUGGUAAAUUAGAAUAAAAUUGCUAUGAUUGGGCCAUUCCAAAAAACAUCCACAACAUGAAGAAUGUUGGGAGUUCAGACAUCAUGGUAUAGUUUCCCCUUUCUCUCUUCUGUAGGUCAAAUCUCCCUCCCGCCAGGUGGCGAUACCUUUGUUGUUCUCCCUGGAGAAAAUGUGUCAAUAGCCUGGAAACUUAAUGUCAGUAUAACUGACGUACUGGGUCGAUGGUGGACAUUCCUUCCAAAGAACGACUAUCUUUUUGCUGAUAUCAUUAGAGAUGGAAAUGUGAUUGAAGUGCCCCAAUACUCACCUGGACCAUUUACAAUAACAAAGCCUUCAACGUUGAUUUUAAAGAACGUUACUAUCCAGUACAAUGGAACAUACACAUUUAGUAUUUUGGCAAAGGGUAAACCUAUUGCUGCAUCUAUUGUUACUGUGUUUGUUGCAGGCAAGUGUCAUUUGUAUGUUAUCCUAUACCUUUUUACCCUGCUUUUGCAGAAUUUUUAGUACACUUAUUUUCAGGCAGUAACAAAUUGGUUCAGGCAAGUAAAAUGCAAUCAAUAGAUUGCGUUUCCUCACGAAGGGUGCAUGUGGAUAAUGUUUGACUGAUUUGAUUGACUGUUGCAAAACGAAAGGCGUAUUAUAAGCGUAUUAUUGAAGGUUUUUGUAGAUGGAAAUUUCAAGCCAAAAUUAUACUUUCAGACAUGAUACGGGAACAUGCAGUUGCAAAAAAAUGCAUUUUUUGUAUUGUACAUUAUACAUUAAAAAAGAACAGAACAUGAAAACAAAUUACAAAUACAAAUCCAUGUUGAAAUGGUGGCCUAAAAUAAAUCGUGCACAGCUACAGGCAAUAAUAUGAUUUAAGAAAGAAAAUCGACAGCGGUGUGGGAAAGAUAUUUUCUUACUGAUUCUGCCAUUCAGUACAAUACGUAGAACAACAAGGAAAAUGUAACGAAAAUAUCUCGUAUCGUUACACCGUGAGAUUAAAUGUUUGAAUCAUGAAUGUCCACUUGAGUAGAAACAAAAUUCAGCUUCUGUGACAGGAUAGAUCACUCGUUUCCAACCUCAUUCACAGAUUUAUUAAGUAAACAGGGACAUUCAUCCAUACAUUUUGAGCACAUACAUCUCGCCUAACGUCUGCCGUAGCCUCAUCAUCUACCUAUACUCGAAUCAAAGUAACGAGCCACGAACAAUGAUUUUUGUUUCUGAUUUGUUUCUGAAAGCCAAUCACAAAACAUAGUCAUUUUAGGUAGGUCUUUACCUGUGCCGUCCUCUCUGGAGAGUAUUAGCAUAUAUCAGCCCCUAUCGGAAAAUGCUCGAAAUUAAAAUAUACUUAGGGAGCGAUCAUUAUUCAUUAAUUUGAGAUUGCAAUGAACUGCCACAAAUACAACAGUUCCAUUGAUGCAUACAAUCCUAAUUUGAAGAAAUAUCCACCAGCUCAGGAAAUUCCAUUUUAAGACCGCAUAUUUUAAUGAUUUCUGGGGAGCACGCCCUCAAUCCCCCUAAAGUUUGCCUAUAUGGGGCCCUUAACCAAACAAAUCUUCUGCCGUCUAUACGGAUACAAAAAUAUCAACAUGUAUAGACAAGAAUAAUUAUUGUAGAAUAUACAAUGUGUAGGAACAAAUUGGAUAGCAUUACAUAAACUUUUAAGUAUUUAUAUGUCUACAUCAAGACGAACUUCCCAAUAGGAGGUGGGGGGGGGGGGGAGUCAAAUUGAGCUUUGUGGAGAGUCGAAGAAAACAGAGCAUGUUAUACUCAUUUGCGCCAUUUGAGCGAACUACUGUAUGCCCUAACCAUAAUAAUAUAAUAUACUUACCUUUCCGAAAGACUUACAGUACAUGGCUUCAUCACAUUUCAGAAAAGCCAAAUGUUACAUUGAGUUGUUCCAGUCCUAUCAUAGUAAAUGAAGGUGAUGACUUCACAUGUGUAUGUAGAGGUGAAGGUGGAAACCCUCCAGCCAAUGUAACUUGGUAUAAAGAUGAUGUCCAGAUUGGUAGAACAGGAAACGAAGAACAGACAUUAACUCUCAGGAAUGUUGGUGGAACAGACAGUAGAACAUACAAGUGUGUGGCCCAAAGUCACACUCUAGUGGAGAAAAAGUUAGUCGAAGUAAAA